UUCUGCUAAUAGUAUAUCUUGAUCUAAAUUUAUAAUGGUAGUGCGCGCUGUUGGUGCUGGUGCUGCUGCUUCCACUGCCGGUGCCAUUGUCACCGCCGCUGUCAGCCAGGCUGCCCUUGGUUCUUCAGCCCUCAGUUUCCUCGGGUCCGUCAAUGCUUCUAGACCUUGCUGUGGGCUCGGAUCUUGCUGGAAAAAUGAUGAAUUUUCAUUGGCAGAUGCGCUACCUGACCGCUCCCCUGCCAGACCCUCUGCUGUGAACAAUACUAAACCUGGUCAACCUCCUCAAGGCUGGCCAGGUUCCAACCGUUGGCAUAACCCAGGUGCUCCACCUUCUGUGCCAUCUGGACUCUUACCAAGUGCAACACCCUCCACAGUGCCUUUUGGACCAGCACCAACAGGAAUGUGUCCCACUGUGCCUCCCACUGGACCACCUCCAGGACCCCCAGCACCCUUUCCUCCUCCUGGACCAUCAUGCCUCCCACCUCGUGGUCCUUAUCCAGCCCCAGCUGUGCCAGGUCCUGGCCCCACAGGGCCAUGUCCUACACCAAAUAUGCCCUUUCCAGAGCUUUCGAGACCAUAUGGUGCACCCACUGAUCCAGCUGCAGCUGGUCUGUUAGGGCCAUGGGGAUCCAUGUCUUCUGGACCUUGGGCACCAGAUGGGGGACAGUAUCCUACCCCUAAUUUGCCACAUCCAUCUCCAGGGCCAUAUCCUGCACCUCCUCCUCCCCAAGCACCAGCAGCAGCACCACCUGUUCCGUGGGGCACUGUUCCACCAGGAGCCUGGGGACCACCAGCACCAUAUCCUGCGCCUGCAGGAUCCUAUCCCACACCAGGCCUCUAUCCCGCUCCCAGUGAUCCUUUCCAAGUGCCUUCGGGACCUUCUGGUGCUCCACCAGUGCCUGGUGGUCCCCAUUCUUACCUUGAAGUUAAUGGAUGAAGAGAUGGCGCUUUGCUUUUUGAAGUACGUAUAUAUGCACAUGGAUGCAUAUAUAAAAAUUGCUGGUUUCACUGUUACAGGGCGUUCAUGAACAAUACUUGCAUCUCAGAAGGUAAUCUGCCUCUUGUGCUUGGAUUAUAAUAUAUUGGAUACAAUCAGAUAAAAAUGUAAAAGUAAAUCAUUAAAAUGUGAUUUUUAUUCAGUUUUUAUGGAAAGUUAAACUAAGUGUAUUGAAUAUCUCUGAUACAAUUUAGAAUAAAUUUUAGAUUUGUUUAUAUUGUGUAACUACACACUUAAAAAUCUAAGAUGUGGAUUAUUGGUAGAAUCUGCAACUUCAUUGGUAAAUUAUUUCAAGCAUUUUUCUAUAAUCACUUUUUCCCUAAAUACACUUGAAAAUAAACAGAUAAAAAUAAAUUUGUAAUGGUAGAAUACAGUCUUUGCCUACAAGUAGAUACACAGUGCAAAGGUACAGGCCAGUGUCUUUCCAUACAAUUUAGUUUCAGGUGUGUAUUGGGCCCUUGUAAUGUGGGUACUCCAAAUUGAGAUGUGGUGCCAGUAUAAAAUACACACCAAGUUUUGAAGAUGUACAAAGAAAAUAUAAAUAUCUCAGUUUUGUAUAUUGGUGAAAUUAUACUAGUUUUGGUAUAGUGGGUUAAAUAAAAUGUUAAAAUUGGUUUGUUUUUUUCAGUUUUUUUAACUUUCUUUUUGCUAAAAGAUUUAAAAUUGCACAUGAGGCUCACAUUAGCUUCUGGACAGCACUGGUUUAAAGAGAGGAUGAGUCGGAAGCAGUUGAAA